CUCUUCACUUGUUCUCUCUCUCUCCCCUUGGACUCUUUCUUUAGUGUCUCUUUUUUCUCGUUGCAACUUGAGUGUGUGAAAAAAGAACCAAAAUAAGAAUUUUUUGGAAAAGAAAUCCUCCCCAAAAGUAAUCCUAUUUUUUUGGAGAAAGAUAAUUUAAAGAUAAAUACCAAAAACUCAAACUUGUCAACUCAAAUCUAAAAAAAUCAUUUUUUUUUAACUCUUUAUGGCCUAAAAUCUCUCCCAAUAUAGAAAACAAAAAAACAAGGUAGUGGAAAAGCAAUAAGAAAAAGAUAAGACUAAUCAGCAUUUCUUGGUAUUUUUCAGCUAUUAGAAGAAAGGAAGAGAAAGAGAUCUGGUAUAUGGUUAAAAAAAGAGGUUUAUUUGUGUGUGUGAAUUGUGGAGAUGACAAGUGGUGGAUGCAGCAUAGUUUGGUUCAGAAGAGAUCUGAGAGUAGAAGAUAACCCUGCACUUGCAGCAGGUGUUAGAGCAGGUGCUGUUGUUGCUGUUUUUAUAUGGGCACCUGAAGAAGAAGGUCAAUAUUAUCCUGGUAGAGUUUCAAGAUGGUGGCUUAAAAACAGUUUGUCUCAACUUGAUUCAUCUUUGAGAAGUCUUGGUACUCCUCUUAUCACUAAAAGAUCAACUGAUAGUGUUUCUUCUUUACUUGAAGUUGUUAAGAACACUGGAGCCACUCAAAUCUUUUUCAAUCAUUUAUAUGAUCCAUUAUCACUUGUGAGGGAUCACAAAGCAAAGGAGGUUCUAACAACUCAAGGCAUUACCGUACGUUCAUUUAACUCAGAUUUAUUGUAUGAACCAUGGGAUGUGAAUGAUGAACAUGACCAACCAUUCACAACUUUUGAUUCUUUUUGGGAAAGAUGCCUUAGCAUGCCUUAUGACCCACAGGCACCUCUUCUCCCACCUAAAAGAAUUAUUCCAGGUGAUGUAUCAAGGUGUCCUUCUGAUACAUUGGUGUUUGAAGAUGAAUCAGAGAAAGCAAGUAAUGCACUUCUUGCUCGAGCAUGGUCACCAGGGUGGAGCAAUGCAAACAAGGCAUUGACAACGUUCAUAAACGGUCCACUGAUUGAGUAUGCGAAAAAUCGCAGGAAAGCUGACAGUGCUACAACCUCAUUUCUCUCCCCGCAUUUGCAUUUCGGAGAAGUUAGCGUCAAGAAAGUAUUCCAUCUUGUCCGAAUUAAGCAAGUCUUUUGGGCCAAUGAAGGAAACCAAGCCGGCGAAGAAAGUGUAAACUUGUUUCUCAAAUCGAUUGGUCUUAGAGAGUAUUCAAGGUACAUUAGUUUCAACCACCCUUAUAGUCAUGAAAGGCCUCUUCUUGGACACCUUAAGUUUUUCCCUUGGGUGGUGAAUGAAGGAUAUUUUAAGGCAUGGAGACAAGGAAGGACAGGGUACCCUUUGGUGGAUGCUGGAAUGAGAGAGUUGUGGGCUACUGGUUGGCUUCAUGAUCGAAUACGUGUUGUUGUUUCAAGUUUCUUUGUGAAGGUCUUGCAGCUUCCUUGGAGAUGGGGGAUGAAAUAUUUUUGGGAUACCCUUUUGGAUGCUGAUCUUGAGAGUGAUGCUCUUGGUUGGCAGUAUAUAUCGGGUACUCUCCCUGAUGGUCGUGAAUUCGACAGAAUUGAUAAUCCACAGUUUGAGGGAUACAAAUGCGAUCCAAAUGGAGAAUACGUGCGACGCUGGCUUCCUGAACUUGCAAGAUUGCCAACCGAAUGGAUACAUCAUCCAUGGAAUGCCCCAGAAUCAGUACUACAAGCUGCUGGUAUUGAACUUGGCUCAAACUACCCUCUUCCAAUUGUGGAAAUAGAUGCAGCAACAGUGAGACUAGAGGAAGCACUUAUACAAAUGUGGCAACUAGAAGCAGCUUCAAGAGCUGCAGCGGAAAAUGGAACCGAGGAAGGUCUUGGAGACUCAUCUGAAUCAACCCCUAUUGCUUUUCCACAAGACAUACAAAUGGAAGAAAUACAUGAACCUGUUAGGAACAAUCCACCUCACGGUACUCGGCGCUACGAGGAUCAAAUGGUACCGAGUAUCACUUCUUCUAGGGUGAGAAUGGAAGAAGAAGAAACUUCUUCGGUUCGAAACUCGGGAGAAGACAGCAGAGCUGAAGUGCCAACAAAUGCAAAUGGACAGCAAAAUACAAGAGAGACGGAGAGCCAAGGAGUGCUGCAGAAUGUAAAUAGAAACACUAGACAACGGAAUAAUACUCCAACUACAUUUUGGCUGAGAAAUGCUCCUGAAGAUUCGACAGCUGAAUCUUCAAGUAGUACUAGAAGAGAGAGAGAUGGAGGUGUAGUUCCUGAGUGGUCGCCACCGACUUCUAACUUCUCAGAUCAAUUUGUAGAUGAUGAAAAUGGUAUAGGAUCCAGUUCACCUUACUUGCAGAGGCAUCCACAGUCUCACCAAUUGAUGAGUUGGACGCGGCUACCUCAAACUGGAUAAUUCAUAUUUAAAACACGCAGACUUGAAGCAGGGAUGUGGGAAAUGCAUGCAAUCUCACCAAGUGGGAUGGAGAACAUGGCAAUGGAGAUACAUUUGCUCAUUUUCUGCAAUGUAUCUCCAAUGUUUUGAUGAAUGAUUAACUGAUGAAAUCCAAUUGUUUGGAAAUUUCAGUUCAUCGGGACAGUUUCAUCUGCAUUCUUCCCUUUUGCUUCUUGUACAAAAUGUGUAGUCCUACUAUUGUAAAGUAUAUAAUAUAUAGUAUUUUGUGUAGUAGUGAGGGAGAAACAGUAACUUUUGAAUCUUUGGUUCACUCUUAAACUCGAGUUUGUGCUUGUGAUUUAAAGCAGAUAUAUUUCUUUUAUUAUCCUUCCUUA